GAACGGAGGGAGUUGAUGCUGCGCCUUCAGGGGACAGGUCGGUCCCGCUGCUUCCCACUUCGUAGUGCCAGACUUUUCACCAGAUUUGCGGCUGUUGGCCGAAGUGCCCUUCGGCUCAGCCCUGACUCUGACUCUGGCCUUAGCUCAGGUCCCAUCCAGCUACUGCUGUCUGACUGCCCACCAGACAGGCUGCGGCGCUUCCUACGGACCCUGCGCCUUAAACUGGCCACGGCCCCUGGCCCUGGGCCAGCUCCUUUCCGAUCCCGGCUGCUUGGCCCCCGACCUCAGAACUUCCAUACCAUCAGUCCUCUUCAACUAGAGAACCUGCAACGGGGGGAGGCCACUGGAGCUCAGGACACAACCCCUGUGAAGCGGCAAUGUGCGCAGGACAGAGACCAGUCUAAGGUGUCUUCUACCAAGGGCACAGUGCCUAGGCAUCGGCUCCAGCUUCCCUCCCCCAAGCCCCAGCUGUCCCAGGAGCAGGCCCAGGUGCUGAGCGCUGUGCUAAGUGGCAAGAGCAUCUUCUUCACUGGAAGUGCAGGGACAGGGAAAUCAUACCUGCUGAAGAGGAUCCUUGGCUCUCUUCCUCCAAAGGGCACAGUGGUCACAGCCAGCACGGGAGUGGCUGCCUGCCACAUUGGGGGUACCACCCUUCAUGCCUUUGCAGGAAUUGGCUCAGGAAAGGCCCCUCUUGCCCAGUGUGUGGCUCUGGCACAGAGACCCAGUGUUCGGCAGAGUUGGUUGAGCUGUCAGCGGCUUGUCAUCGAUGAAGUCUCCAUGGUAGAGGCAAGUCUGUUUGACAAGCUGGAAGCAGUGGCCAGAGCUGUUAGACAGCAGGACAAGCCCUUUGGGGGAAUUCAGCUCAUCAUUUGUGGAGACUUCCUGCAGCUGCCGCCAGUGACCAAGAAUAACCAGCCCCCCCAAUUCUGCUUCCAGGCAAAAAGCUGGAGGAAAUGUAUCCAGUUGACCAUGGAGCUGACUGAGGUGUGGAGACAGAGAGACCAGACUUUCAUCUCACUGCUACAGGCUGUUCGGCUAGGCAGGUGCACAGAUGACGUGACCCAGAAGCUAAAGGCCACAGCCAAACACAAAGUGGAGCGUGAUGGGAUCCUGGCCACAAGACUCUGUACCCACCAGGAUGAUGUGGCAUUGACCAAUGAGAGGAGGCUGCAGCUGCUGCCUGGCCAAGUCUACAGCUUUGAAGCUAUGGAUAGUGACCCUGACAUGGUCAGGACCCUCGAUUCUCAGUGUCCAGUGAGUCACCUCCUGCAGCUAAAGCUGGGGGCCCAGGUGAUGUUGGUGAAGAAUUUGGCAGUAUCUCAGGGCCUGGUAAAUGGAGCACGAGGGGUCGUGGUUGGAUUUGAAGCAGACGGUAGAGGGCUUCCCAGAGUGAAAUUCCUAUGUGGAGUCACCGAGGUUGUACGGACUGAGAGAUGGACUGUCCAUGGCCCUGGUGGUCAGCUCCUCACCAGGCAACAGCUGCCCCUCCGGUUAGCCUGGGCUCUGUCCAUUCACAAGAGUCAGGGCAUGACUCUCGACUGUGUGGAGAUUUCACUGGCCCGAGUGUUUGAGAGUGGCCAGGCCUAUGUGGCCCUCUCACGGGCCCGAAGCCUUCAGGGUUUGCGAGUGCUGGAUUUUGACCCCUCUGUGGUACGGUGUGAUCCUCGGGUGCUGAAGUUCUAUGCCUCUCUACGGGAGCAGGCUUAUCUGAAUGAGGAUGAAAACGAUUCAGAACAGGAGAAUAUAGACCCUGACAUCUGA